GUCCGUCAAACCGAGACUCAUUCACUCUCCAGCCGCCGAGCGGAGUGCACUGAGACAGAGACAGAGAGAGACAGAGAGAGUGUGUGUGUGUGAGAGAGAGUGUGUGUGUGUGGUGUUUGUGGUGUGUGUUGUAUGAGUUGUGUGUAUGUGUGGCAAUCAUCAUCAUCAUCAUCGUCAUCAGGGCUCAUCAGUGCUGACUCUCGGAGACGCGCGAAACUUUCUGACAGAUGUUGAAGAACCCGGAGCGGGAGCGCGCGCCCUGCUGACCCGGAGAACUGAACAUCUGGAGUUGUCCGGAGAAGACAGAACCGGAUUGAUGAGCAGGUUUCGGAUCUGAGAGAAGACAGGAGGCACGACACAGAGCGUCCUGAGUCUCUCCCCAGCUCCCUGAGGGACACACAGAGAGAGACACAGAGACACAGAGAGAGAGAGAGAGACAGAGAGGUCCAUGCGCUCCCGGAGGCUGCGCGCGCUUCAUUUCAGCCCUCCAGCCUGUUGUUGAGUCAUGAGUUCUGGUUAUGCAGCGCAUGUGAUGGACAGAGCGAUCACCGCGGCCAAUCUGGAGCAUUUUUCUGGAGCCAAGAAGAAUUUUUCCGUGAGCCACUUGCUGGACCUGGAGGACGCGCGGGAGAUGGCCGGAGCGCAGGCCGAGGAGAGCAGCGCGGAGGCGGGCACAGGAAGCCUGGAGUCCCCGGGGCUGACCAGCGGCAGCGACACUGCGCAGCAAGACAAUGAGCAGCUGAACUCAGAGGAAAAGAAGAAGCGUAAGCAGAGGAGAAACAGGACCACGUUCAACAGCAGUCAGCUGCAGGCGCUGGAGCGGGUGUUCGAGAGGACGCAUUACCCCGAUGCCUUCGUCAGGGAGGAUCUGGCGCGCAGGGUUAAUCUGACCGAGGCUCGCGUGCAGGUGUGGUUUCAGAACAGAAGGGCUAAGUUCCGGCGUAACGAGCGCGCGCUGCUCGCGAGUAAAAACGCCUCCCUGCUCAAGUCCUACUCCGGAGACGUGACGUCGGUGGAGCAGCCGAUCGUACCGCGGCCAGCUCCGAGGCCGAGCGAUUACCUGUCCUGGGGAAGCUCACCUCCGUACAGCGCCAUGGCCUCCUACUCGCCGUCCUGCGCCAACAACAACACGGCGCAGGGAGUGAACAUGGCCAACAGCAUCGCCAACCUGAGACUGAAGGCCAAGGAGUACAGCAUGAACCAGGUGCCGACCGUCAACUGAGAGAGGAAACCAACUACAAACGCGGGCGACGUGUGGCACCGAGCUGCCACGAUCCCCGACAAAGACCUUUCACACGAACGUUUCCAAUGUGUGGACUCGAAGGCUCGGAAGAAAAACAUGUUUAAAGAAAACUUCUAAAGCAGUGAUUGACGUCAACGGCGGUCAUGUUUUUGGCAGAGUGGGAAAAAACUCGACUCGAUGUAAUUCUGGAAAAACGUGAAAUGGAAAGUGUGUGCGUUUACAUUUGCCACGGUCGCUCCUCGAGGAGGCGGCGUUACUCUCGAGCUCUGGAGAACGAAGCAGCUCCAUGGACAAACUUUUUGGAAUGUAGCAAUGCAAAUCCCACAAACAUUCAAGGAGCCUUCAGGACUUUUCCCUGAUUUCUCCUGGGAUGUAAUCAAGACCACGGCCUGGUCUGUUUCUUUCUUUUUUUUUUUUUUUUUUAGUAGGGGGAAAAUUACCUUUGUAAUGAAUAUACUAAUAUUCUGCCUUUGGGUUUAUGUGACUGGCAUGCAUUUUAAACGAUGUCAAAACAUGCAUAGUUCUCUACACACACAUACACACACAUAUUGUACAUGCAUAUGCAUACACACAUACACAGCAAACUUGUAUACAUUUCUAUCAAGAGUAAAAAAUACUAGAUAUGAAAAUGUUAAAAAAUUGAUCGUCUUAGACUUGAACAUACAGCUGCACUGCACUGAUGGAAAACCACAUGCACAUCUGUUCCAAGAUAUUGGGGAACGUUUCUGGGCGUGGCCUCCAUGCCUCCAACAGAGGUGGGUGUGGCCUGCAUGUCUCUCAGUCCCAGUCCUAGAGAACUAGGCGUGGCCACUGGGCUUGUGAAUCUGACAGGGGGCGUGGCAUCCGUGUACGCAGUUCCAGCUCUGGUCUGUUCUCAUCAUUAAAAGUAAAUGCACCACUUAUUUCCUAAGACUUGCCUUAGAGCUGCGGAGUUUUCAAUCAGUUAAAAACACAAUCAAGACCUCAGUUGAACUGGGAGGCGAUGCUUGUGUGCAAGUCAGGACAGGAGGCGUGUUCUCAUCCCAAAUGAAAGCGGGUGUGGACUGUGUGUAUCAGGGGAGGCGUAGCAUCUACAGUAUAUCUGGGGUUUCAUUUCUUUUCAUUAUAAUUAAUCAGACAUUGCUAGAAACUCACAGCAAGCAACGUUGUUUAACAAUAUUUUUUAUCAUACAGUUUUUUUUUUCUUUGAUGUUGUAUAAUUGCCGUUUGUGCACUUCAUUUUGCCUCGUGAGGUAAAAGCGGAGAGGAAGGCGGGGUUGUAUGGGAGGAGCUUUAAAAUAUUUAUAUGUAAAUACUGCAUUAAUAAUGAACGGUCAGUGAAGUCUAUAAGCCCCAGAAAAGAAGGCGUGGCCUGCUUGUCUGUCAAUUACAUCGCCAGUUAAGGAGGCGUGGUCCCUCAAUUUAAGUUAAACAAACAAAUCAUUUAGAUACAUCUUGCUUACAUCAUCUCUUUGAUCACAUAUCUCCAAACGUCAAAGAUCUACAUCCCUAAUAUAACAUAAUAACUAUGCAGUUCCUCCUGAAUGAAUGUGGCACAACAUGUGUGUGUGUGUGUGUGUGUGUGAGGCUUUUACCUUUGCCUUUCUUUUUUGUAUAUAACCUGAAUAUAUCUAAAUCUGUAAUAUUCUUAUGCAAUAAAACAUUUGCAAGCAGCAAUGUAAUGAAGAAGGA